AUUCUUACACUUCCGUUCGAUGGAUGUACUGAUUUAGAAACGAUACAUGAGAUAUUUACUCACUGGAGUGUGAUUUAAGCUAACUACUGUGUAUGCGUUGUUGCCACAUAUUGUAAGAUUCUUCCAAAAUGGCUAGCGUGUCGUAUCAUAUCGCAAAUCUUCUUGAGAAGAUGACAUCAAGUGACAAAGAUUUCCGAUUUAUGGCAACAAAUGACUUGAUGGCUGAGCUUCAAAAGGAUUCAAUCAAGCUUGAUGAUGACAGUGAGAGGAAAGUGGUCAAGAUGCUGCUGAAAUUGUUAGAGGAUAAGAAUGGUGAAGUCCAAAACCUUGCAGUCAAGUGUCUGGGUCCCCUUGUAAACAAAGUGAAGGAGUUUCAGGUGGAGACUAUCGUGGACACACUCUGUAGCAACAUGCUGUCUGACAAGGAGCAGCUGAGGGAUAUCUCAAGCAUAGGACUUAAGACUGUGAUCAGUGAAUUGCCACCAUCAUCAACAGCCCUAGCAGCUAGUAUCUGCAAGAAAAUCACCAGUAGAUUGACAAGUGCUAUUGCCAAACAAGAAGAUGUUUCUGUACAACUAGAAGCCCUGGACAUACUUGGAGAUCUACUUAGUCGAUUUGGAGGUUUGCUCGUGACAUUCCACAGCUCCAUACUACAAGCCCUGCUGCCUCAGCUGUCAAGCCCUCGACUGGCAGUCAGGAAGCGAGCCAUCAUUGCUAUAGGUCAUCUGGUAAUGAGUUGUAACAACCAGCUGUUCCUGGAGCUGAUCGAGUUCCUCCUCACCGAGCUGUCUAAGAACACCUCCACCUCCACCACCAGAACAUACAUUCAGUGUAUUGGAGCCAUUAGUCGACAAGCUGGCCACCGGUUUGGAGAGCAUCUUGAGAAGAUUAUUCCUCUGAUUGUGAGGUUCUGUAAAGAAGAUGAUGAUGAACUAAGAGAAUAUUGCUUACAGGCAUUUGAGUCAUUUGUGAGAAGAUGCCCAAAAGAAGUUUCACCUUUUAUUGCAGAGAUCAUCACAAUCUGCCUGCAGUAUAUCUGCCAUGAUCCCAACUACAACUAUGAUGAUGAUGAUGAAGAAGCCAUGGACACUGAAGCUGAAGAAGAGGAUGAAGAAGGUUCAGAGGAGGAAUACAGUGAUGAUGAUGACAUGAGUUGGAAGGUGCGCAGGGCGGCUGCAAAAUGUCUUGAUGCUAUCAUGGGCACUCGGCAUGAGAUGUUGAUCGACUUCUACAAAACUGUGUCCCCAGCUCUCAUACUCAGAUUCAAAGAAAGAGAAGAGAACGUGAAGGCUGACAUCUUCCAUGCUUACAUUACACUGUUGCGCCAGACUCGCCCUCAGGCCUCCGCCAACCCUGACUCUAUGGAACAGGAAGAUGGCCCAUUGACAAUGCUACAGACUCAGGUCCCAGAUGUUAUCAGAGCUAUCCACAAACAGUUGAAAGAAAAGAGUAUCAAGACUCGCCAGGGCUGCUUCAGCCUCCUCACAGAGCUGGUUCUGGUUCUCCCUGGAGCUCUCACAGACCACCUUACUGCUUUAAUACCAGGCAUUCAGUAUUCACUUGGUGACAAGAAUACAAGUUCCAACAUGAAGAUUGACACACUGUCUUUCCUGAAUACGAUCCUCCUUCACCACCCACCUGCCGUGUUCCACCCACACAUCCGAGUUGUUGUGCCACCAAUAGUUCAUGCUGUUGGGGAUCCCUUCUACAAGAUCACUUCAGAGGCCCUUCUGGUCACCCAACAGCUGGUCAAGGUCCUCCGGCCACUAGAAACCCAGGUAUCAUUUGACUACAAGCCAUAUGUUAAGGACCUCUAUGGCUGCACGCUGAAGAGGCUCAAGGCUGCAGACAUUGAUCAGGAAGUGAAGGAGAGAGCCAUUUCAUGCAUGGGUCAGAUUAUUUGCAAUCUUGGAGACUCUUUAGCAGCUGAGCUUAGAGAAUGUUUACCAAUCUUCUUGGAGAGAUUAAAAAAUGAAAUCACACGACUGACAACAGUGAGAGCUCUGACCAUGAUAGCAAGUUCCCCCCUAAAGAUUGACAUAAGGCCGAUCCUUACUGAAGGCGUUCCUAUUUUGGCAUCUUUCUUGAGGAAAAACCAAAGAGCUUUGAAACUGUGCACACUGCUGUGUCUAGAUGUCCUUGUGAAAAACUAUGGUCCAGCCUUGACACCUGGGAUGAUCGCGGACAUGAUGAAGGAGAUGCCAUCACUCAUCAAUGAGAAUGACCUUCACGUGUCCCAGUUAACACUGAACCUCCUGACGUCCAUCUCCCGGAUACAGAAAUCCUCCAUCUCCAACAUACAGUCUGAGAUUCUGCCACAGAUCCUGGUUUUGAUACAGUCUCCCCUACUACAAGGCGGAGCACUCAAAGCUCUCUUAGAAUUCUUCCAGGCUGUAGUGAAACUUGGCUUAGCCAAACUAGGCUUCAAAGAUCUCUUGCAGCUCUUGAUCAUGCCAAUUUACAGUCCUCAACAGACAGGAACUGGAUUUGCUGUACAUAAACAGGCCUUUCAUUCCAUUGCCAAAUCUGUAGCAGCACUAACUGUAAUGAGCCCUGAAGAGGCAGGCAAUGUGGUCAACCAGUUUGUUAGCGAUGUUAAGAAUGCAAAGUCAACAGAUUCAAUAGUUCUAUUCUCAUUAUUAGCCCUCGGCGAAAUAGGAAAACAUGUUGAUUUAAGUAGCCAAGGAGAGAUUCAGAAUGUAAUCCUAGAGUCUUUUUCAUCUCCCAACGAAGAAGUAAAAUCAGCAGCAUCAUAUGCUUUAGGCAAUGUCAGUGUUGGAAAUCUACCAAAAUUCCUUCCAUUUGUAUUACAAGAAAUAGAAAAUCAGCCUAAAAGACAGUAUCUGUUACUACACUCUCUGAAAGAGAUCAUCAGCUGUGAAUCUAGCUCGCCAUCUGGUGUGGAAACCCUCAGCCCCUAUGUACAGACAGUAUGGACAAUGUUGUUCAACCACUGUGAGUGUCCUGAGGAAGGAACGCGGAACGUUGUGUCAGAAUGUCUGGGAAAACUGACCCUCAUCGACCCUGGGAACCUCCUGAGUAAUCUGAGACAACACCUCAAUCACCAAUCUGCUUUGACACGUAGCACGGUUGUCACAGCAAUCAAGUUCACAAUAUCAGACCAGCCACAAGGUAUUGACACAUUGCUGCGAGGUUGUAUUGGAGAUUUCCUGCGAACAUUACAAGACCCUGACCUGAACGUGAGGCGAGUUGCCUUGGUAACAUUCAACUCUGCCGCUCACAACAAACCCUCUCUAAUUAGAGAUCUUUUGGAUUCAGUUCUUCCCCAUCUUUAUAAUGAAACAAAGAUAAGGAAAGAGUUGAUCCGGGAAGUGGAAAUGGGACCUUUCAAACACACACUAGAUGAUGGUCUGGACAUUAGAAAGGCAGCCUUCGAGUGUAUGUACACCCUGCUGGACUCCUGCCUUGAUCGGCUGGACAUAUUUGAGUUCCUCAACCAUGUGGAAGAUGGGCUUAAGGACCACUAUGACAUUAAGAUGUUGACUUACCUGAUGCUGGUCCGUCUUUCACAUCUCUGUCCAAAUGCUGUUCUUCAAAGACUGGACCGACUUGUGGAACCACUCAGGGCUACUUGUACAACCAAGGUGAAGGCCCAUUCUGUGAAGCAGGAGUUUGAAAAGCAGGAUGAGUUGAAGAGAUCAGCUCUUCGAGCCGUUGCUGCAUUGCUCAACAUCACUGAUGCAGACAAGAGUCCACAGAUGAAUGAGUUCCUUACCCAGAUCAAAUCAAGUUCCGAACUCUCUUCUAUGUAUGAAAACAUUCAGAAAGAUGCCAUCUCCACGUCGGACUCAACCACGAUGGACACAAGCUGAAAACCUCCUUCCUCUAGCGUUGUAAUCAAGUGCUCUUUUAAGUCGGGGUGUGGCUUUGCUGGAUACAUGUAUCUGUAUGAGGAAGAUAUCUUAAGAUCGUUAGAAAUGCCUCAACAACUGACAAUGCUCGAAAUCAGUGUUUAAUGAAUAAGUACAAAUAGUUUUGUACAAGUAUACUAUUCCAAAUUAGUUUGAGAAGCCCAUUUAUUUCAGGCUGCUAUAGUUAAUCCGUCAUCAUGGCAGAUUUUACUGUAGUAUUAUGAAAGAAUUGGGUGUUCUGUAACUUCAUUUUAGUAGCCAACAUACUUUAAUACAACAAUCCCACACCCUGAAUGAUUCUAUAAAAAGUACUGUCCCUAUUUGUUUCUGUUCAGAAAAUGUAAAAAAUAAUGCGAUGAGAAUCCAUGUUAAACAUGCUGUUUCCGCAUAAGUCUCAUGAUGGAUUGAAAUGUUUAUUAAGCUGAUACUUCAUCAAGCACUUCAUAAGAGCUCCUUUCACGCGGCGAGACUUGACUUUGUCAAGAUUAUGUCAUGUUCUGGUUUGUUGCAGACAUAUCUGCUUUGAUGCUCAAUUGGUAGAUAUUGUAUAAUACCUACAUCUGGUAGUAUGUAAAGGCCUUUGAUAUGUGCACGAGCACACACAACUUCCUCCGAUGUCUUCGUUGUCACUUCCACGAACCAGCAACCUGUUCCACAAAACAAUGUUUGUGCCAAGUGACUAAGCUAGUGCUUAAGUAAAGGAGUUGUGAUCAUCUUUGGGCUAUGACCACUUUGUGAAGCAGGGUCCUGAACACAAUGAGCCACUGCUCAGACGAUGACUUGAAUCUACUCUAAGGGACAGUUGGUUAUCAUUGAAAAUUAUGUGAAGUCUGACUGAACUGAGUGUUAUGGUUUGGGUUGUUUUACUUGUUAAGGUUACAGACUACGAAAGUCGACAGAGAGUGGCACAUUGAUGCUAAUACUUUUGUGUAUCAAUGCUUAAGUCAAAUCCUUAAUGUUUUAUGAUGAUCAGUGUAGCCCUUGCAGAAUUGUUGUUAAAAGUAACAAGCCCAUUACAUAGCUAAUGGAGAAUGUGUUGCACAUUGAAUCACAAUAUGUUUAUAUUCCUUACACAAGUGUAGCAUUCAUCUAUAUCUGAAAUUGAUUAAAGGAUAUGAAACCAAAUUCCCAGAUAUCAAUAGUUUAUUAUAACACAAUAAAAUCAUGAACUGUAGCAGAUCAUGUCAAAAUUCAGAUGGAAGUCAAUAAUAUUUUUGAGAAGAUAUAAUCAGUAUUCUAGAACAGUGUUAAUUAAAACGGUAUUGAAGCCACAUCUUGUUCAUGUUCAAAUGAUGUGUUUCCUUCUGUAAAUAGCCCCGGAUAAGUGGCUUUCUUGAUCAGAUUAUUUGAUGAUACAAGCUUUUAGCAAGUUUGUCCCCUCACUUUUGUGCUUGCUCCGGUGGAUGCCCACAGCUGUAACAUGCCUAUGUGCUCUUUUCACAGAUGUAAUGGACAGGCAUUAAAGACGGCCAUCUUGCAGUGUAUAUAUUGAGUCCCUGUGACUGGUUAUCUUCACUUAGUUUGUACUAUCAGUGUGGCAAACCUGCAAUUAAUAAAUACAAUGUUUAUCUACA